AUGAGUAAUAGUAUUACCACUUCUACGACUAAUGACAAUAACCUUUUUGAGACCUAUUAUGUACCCCCAACACUACCCAAUCCAAGACCUAACCAAAGGACAUCUAAUUCUAAUCAUCAACACAAUAAUAGGAGAAACAGAUAUGAUAGAAGAGAAGAUGAUGACUAUAACAUUGAUGAAAGCAGAUCCUUGGACAAUUUUUUAAAAGAAAAUUCAGAAUGGUGUAAGGGAAAUAAUUUUAAUGAGUAUGAGAAUCCUAGACAACAACAAGAAAGGCUAAAUCAAAAUUAA